UUAUUCUUGGACGAAAGCUAUUCCGUUUUUAUCGAUCCCGUUGCAAAUGGUCGCGAUUCUUGGAAGAAUGUUCGCUGUUAUCGACGUGAUCCUUCGAAGGUACUUAUCGAUCCCAUCAAGUGGUCGCGAUUCUUUUAAGAAAAAUCAUCCAUUCUUAUCGAUCCCAUUGCAAAUGGUCGUGAUUCUUGGAAGAAAACUAUCCGUUCUUAUCGAUCCCGUUGCAAAUGGAAACCUAUCCGUUCUUAUCGAUCCCAUUGCAAAUGGUCGUGAUUCUUGGAAGAACUUUUGCUUUAUCGAUCCCGUCUUGGACCUUGGCUGA